AUGCCUCGUUAUGCACAGCUAGUGAUUGGCCCGGCGGGUAGCGGUAAGAGUACCUAUUGCUCCACAAUAAUCCAGCAUUCAGAGUCCAUAAACCGCUCAGUUCAGGUGGUCAAUCUGGACCCAGCAGCUGAGCACUUUGACUACCCUGUCAUGGCAGACAUUCGGGAGCUCAUCCAGGUUGAUGAUGUGAUGGAGGAUGAUUCUCUCAGAUUCGGCCCUAAUGGAGGCCUGGUCUUCUGCAUGGAGUACUUUGCUAACAACUUUGACUGGUUAGAAGAAAGCCUGGGUCAUGUAGAAGAUGACUACAUAUUAUUUGACUGCCCAGGUCAGAUUGAACUUUAUACACACCUCCCUGUAAUGAGACAGCUUGUGGAGCAGCUCCAGCAGUGGGAGUUUCGGGUCUGCGGGGUCUUCCUGGUAGACUCACAGUUUAUGGUGGAGUCUUUUAAGUUCAUUUCAGGAGUCAUGGCUGCCCUGAGUGCCAUGGUGUCAUUAGAGAUUCCUCAAGUAAACAUUAUGACAAAAAUGGACCUGCUCAGUCCCAAAGCCAAGAAGGAAAUUGAAAAGUACCUGGAUCCAGACAUGUACUCAAUGAUGGAAGAUAACUCGAACACCAUCAGAAGCGCCAAGUUCAAGAAGCUGACUAAAGCCAUCUGUGGUCUGAUCGAUGAUUACAGUAUGGUGAGAUUCCUGCCUUUUGACCGCACUGAUGAGGAAUGUAUCAAUAUAGUACUGCAACAUAUUGACUUCUCUAUACAGUAUGGAGAAGACCUGGAGUUCAAGGAGCCAAAGGAGGCUGAUGAAGACCCUGCUAAUGUAAAUUAUGAUGAGAUUUUUCAAAGCAAAGUGGACAGCUGAGGAGUCAUGAACAUUUGUGUGGGAGUAGGAGGAAAAACAUUUGAGGCUGAUGAAGAACGAAGAUACAUUAAAUCAAGUUCAAGUGGAGAGUGACAAUGUUACUUGUGUGCAAAAGACUGACUCAUGACUAUCUUGUCAUGUAGGCUUAUGUUACGUUUUUGUUUUUCUAAGCAGUUUUAAUGACUCAAGAACUUUGUGAUUUCAGCUCAUUCAUGCCAGUUUUGAAGUUUGCAGAGUACCUUUAUCAAUGCUAUAUUUUUAAAUA